AUGAAAAUAUUGCAGGCGGCUCAAGCUGUUAUUCUAGCUAUCCUCCUUUUUGCAAGUUAUAUUUCAGUAUCAAAAAUCUUUUUCCAUUCUCAACGCACUCAUAUUGAAGAAAAAGCACAUCUAUUACCAACAGAUUUUACAGUAUUUUCCACUUCGCUUUCGAAUGAUGAAUACAAAAAGCAAUUCGUUCCUCAUAAUUUUUCAAUAGAUGACACAGAUCUUAUGAAAAGCAUGACAUCUCUAAUUCCUGCCAUUCCAUCUUCGUUUGGAUAUACAGAAAAAGAGGCUAAUAGUUUAUUUCCUGCUUACCAAUAUCCAAGAUGUGAAGAUAUUUAUAAUGAUACAAAUUAUAAACUUAACUUCAACACAAUUGGAAAUUCAUUUAGUCUUGAAUGUGAAGAAGGGACAUAUAUUCUGGGACCGCCUUUUUACAACUACUUUACAAAUCCAAAAUAUUCACAGCCAUAUUGAGAGAUUCAGCAAUACCAAAAUUUCACACGGCCACUGUGAAAUAACCAUGAGUUUGCAAUGGCAACUUGUAAGAAAAACUCAACUGAUUUUGAUAUGUUUGCAAUGAAACCUAAAUUAAAUUUGGCAGCUUAUAUAGAAACAAAGCAAAAAAUCGAUGAUUUGCAGACAGCAUCAGGCACAAAUAAAAAACCUAUUUUAAUAGCUAUGCUGACGCUAGACAGCUUUUCUAGGAGACAUUUCUUCAGAAAACUGCCAAAAACAGUUGAAUUGCUGAAUAGAUAUGAAAACUCUAAGGAUUGGAAAGUAUUUGACUUUAAAUUCCAUAAUAUAAUAGGGGCAAGAACUUCUGAUAAUCAAGCAAACUAUUGAGGCCUAGGGAAAAAAAUCAAAGAAAAUUCCAGUUUGAGUAGAUUUGGAAAGCAUGCAAUAUGAAGAAAGCUAAAAGAGCUAGGAUUUAUGACACUCUUCGGCUAUGAAGGGUGCCCAUAUGGUUUAGUAAGUUCAAUUGGCAGUCAGCCAGACGCAGACAGUGUUGUGCAGCCUUUUUACUGCGCAGCUCACAAGUUUACAAAUUAUUCUUCUCACAAAGGACAUAAAAAUUCCCAGAGAUGCAUUGGCCCCCACAUGUCUCACUGAUAUUUAAUGGACUAUUCCAUCAAUUUUGCCCAUAUUUAUUUGCGGGCCAAUUUAUGAAUUUACAAUCAUUUCACAGCUGCUCACGAGAGCACUGGACAGCAUGCAAGCACAUUAGAUGAAGACUUAAGAAAUUAUAUUCGAAAUUUAACAGAAAUUUUUAGCGAAAGCCAUGAAGUCGUGAUUUUAUUAGCAGGAGAUCAUGGGAUGAGAUAUAUUAAUUACAAAAGUAAUACAAAUGCUACCCAAGAGCAUAGACUUCCAGCCUUUUUCUUUAUGUCGAGCAGAAAAUAUUUGGAUUCAAUUGAGAAUUCAUAUGCUAUAUUGGAGCAUAACACUUUUAGAUUAACAACAAAACCUGAUUUGAGAAGUUUAACGAUUAAACUGGCAGAGCUUCAAUAUAAUUUAACUCCCUUUAAGAAUGGGCAAUAUUUUUUGUUCGCUCUUAAAAUAGGGUUAAAUUUUGUAAAAAAAUAAAAAUAUUACUAACUCCCCCCCCCCCCUCCGUGAGUGAACAAAAAAAUUUUGUUCACUCACGGAGGGGGGUUAAUUUUUUCUUUUUUUUAAAAAAUUUAUAUAUAAAUUUUAUAAAAAAUAUUUUUUUUCGAAAUUUAAAAAAAUCCUAAUUCGCAAAAAUUGGAAAGCAAAUAUUAAUUCAAUUUGCAAAAUUUAUGUUUUUAAAAAGCAAUUCGUUUAAAAAUAAACAGAAUUAGCUCUAGAUUUCAUUAUAAUAAUUAUCAUUUAUAUAUCAAUUUUUUUUUCCAUAAAAAAUUUUUCUAUUAAAAAAAUUUUUGUUCACUCACGGAGGGUGGGUUUUUGGGCAAAAAAUAGCGAUUUUUCUAACUCCCCCCCCCCCCCCCUCCGUGAGCGAACAAAACCAUUAGAAAAAUCGCCAUUUUUUGACCAAAAACCCACCCUCCGUGAGUGAACAAAAAUUUUUUUAAUAGAAAAAAUUUUAAUGGAAAAAAAUUUUGAUAUAUAAGUGAUAAUUAGUAUAAUGAAAUCUAGAGCUAAUUCUGUUUAAUUUUAAACAAAUUGCGUUUUAAAACAUAAAUUUUGCAAAUUAAAUUAAUAUUUGCUUCCCAAUUUUUGCAAAUUAGGAUUUUUUUUAAAUUUCGAAAAAAAUAUUUUUUAUAAAAUUUAUAUAUAAAUUUUUUUUAAAAAAAAAAAAUUAACCCCCCUCCGUGAGCGAACAAAAUUUUUUUGUUCGCUCACGGAGGGGGGGGGGGAGUAAUGGUUUUGUUCACUCACGGAGGGGGGGGGAGUAAAUUAUAUAUAUAUAAAAUGUUUUUUGGGUUUUAAAAAAUCCCAACCUGUAAGUUGGGCUAAUUUUAUAUAUAUAAAAUUUAUGCUUAAGAAUAUUAUUAUCUAAAAUUUAAAAGACUCCGUUAUAAAAGCUUUAUUUGUAAAAACUUUAUUUAAAAACAUUUAUAUUUAAGCAAUUUUUUGUUUGCUCUUAAAGGGGGCUUUUCCAUUAAAUUGACAUUGCUCCAAAGGUUUGCUCGCUUUUAAGGGUCGAGUUAGAAAGCAAGCGCAGUCAAAAUUAUUAUAAUUUAAUCACUGAAGAAAUCCCAAAUACAAGAACAUGCAAAGAUGCAAAAAUUUCUCCAUGAUACUGCGGAAGCAACGUUAUGAAACAGCUUGAUUUAGCACAAGAAAUAGAUGAAGGAUGAAAUAAACUAAUUCUUAGAGUAGUAACUGAGGCUUUGGAUGAAAUAAAUUUGAGCACUUAUGCCUCAAAUAGCCACAGAAAAGGACUCUUAUGCAAAAAGCUUUCUUUAGAUAAACUGAAGUACGUGAUUUAUAGCAGAACUUUAAAUGCGAAUUUGCUGAUGAAAGUACAAUUUACAGUAAUCGAAAGUGAGGGGGUUACUUUUGAGUUUUGGGCUUAUAUAUCAGAAGAUGAUGAUUUAUCAAUAGAAGAAGGUAAAGGCUUAAAAACUUUUCCUGUAAUUGAAAGCGGGGUAAAAAAAUUCGCAAAGGUAAAAUCAAUUUAGAUCAUAAAUAUAUAUCGAGCUGAUUCUUAUGAAGGGAAGUGCGAAGAUACCUCAAUAAGCAUGGAAUAUAACCCAGAAUUAUGUGUUUGUGAUGAAAAUGUCAUUGAGAAUUUGGCAUAG